AUGGACGAGAUUGUAAAUCUAAGCGUGGGAGCUGUCAUGGCCGUGCUGGCAAUCGCAGCGGUCGUGGCGCGCUUUUACGUGCGACAUUCCCGAAAAGCCAAGUUGAAAUGGGACGACUGGCUGAUCGUGGUGUCGCUGAUUGCAAUGAUUGCGACGGACAUUCUGGCUAUAUGCGCCAUCACUGGCAACCCGACGGGCCCCGAAACGGCCACCGCGGUGACUGAUACUCACGAGUACGCACCAGAGGACGUUUUGUACACCAAGCUGAGUUGGGCUACGACGGUCAUAUAUUUUGCCAUAACGUCGACGACAAAGCUGUCCAUCCUGCUCAUGUAUAACCGGCUCUUCUCGGUGGACGAGCGGUUCCGCCGAAUAGUCAUGAUACUGUCUGUACUUGUAGUGGGUUUCUGGGUGGGCUGCACAGUCGCCGACUUGACGAACUGCAUCCCCAUGGAAUAUGUAUGGAUCAACAGCCUGUCCGACCCGCGGUACUGCUUCAAUUUCAACAUCUACUGGUUCGCCAGCGGUGUAUGCGAGGCCUUCAUCGAUAUUUUGAUUCUGCUGUUGCCAAUCAAGGUCGUCCUUGGACUGCAACUGGGCAUGAAGCAAAAGGUUGCCGUGGGAUCUGUGUUCCUCCUAGGUGCAUUUGUCAUCGUGUCGGGCUUGCUCAAGACCGGCUUUGGAUAUAUCCCGGGAAGCCGCCAGCCUUCCUUCUCCAAGACGCAGCUAUGGACAUCAGUGCAUUGUGGCACGGGCAUCAUCUGCGCCUGUCUUCCAAUUUGCUGGCCGCUAUUUGGCCGGCUGUGGAAAUUGCACUUACCGACAUGGCCUGGUGCUUUGCAGAUCCGGGAGUAUUGGUACAGGCUCAGAGGAGAGCACUCGAUAGAGAAGCCGAGAAAGCCUUCGGGGGCAAGUGAUGGAGAGUUUCAGCUAUCCAACAACUUCACCAGUCGGGGUUUUACGGUAUCGUUUGGUGGUAUUAACGAGGAGCAAGUGUACCAUGGAGAAGACUACUCGACGGUGUCGCACAACCCACACCGCAAACACUUUGCAUCUGCUGUGUGA